ACAAGAGGAGGACGAGAAGGGGUUACUGCUUGUUGGUGGUAAUGACUGGUGACUGUGGAUGUAACUGCAUAUUUCUAAGAAUAAAGGCCGCUGAAUUAUGAGCUCAAGCGCUAUUAAGAAGUCGGUUUUACUUAGUACACUACUGGUACUUGCCCUCGGCUGAAGGAACACUUGCAAAAUGGCUUCUUAUACACAUACUGUAGAGGUUGAAAAUAUACCACUGAAUGAAAUCAGUGGUAAUCAUUCAAGCUCGAGCGACGAUGAACACAGCCAUGUUAACUUACGUCGAGCACGAACUGAUGUUCACCUUAGGGAGCGACACAAUCGAGAGUCGACAAAGUAUCACUCGUAUAGCGGCCGGGAACGCAGGGUGCAGUACAUGCUACCCUCUCAACAUGGAGGAGAGCUUUUGAGUAGCCAUACUCUUCAUUAUGGCUCCGAACAUCGACAGUCUGCUUGGUUUAACACCGUGAUGGCUCGGCGAAGGAGAGGCGUCAGUCCCAAUACAGAAGAUGAAGCUGUAGAAGAACUUGCUGAUGCCAUGGAAGGAGAUGAGAAGCUCAUGUCAGAGAAUGUGGAUGGAGAGAUAAUGAGAAGAGAGGUGCUAAGAGAAUUGUAUAAACCCUUAAGGGUGAAAAAGGAAAUACGGAGAAGGCUGACAGCCCGCCGCUCUUCACAUCGCUACUCGUCACGUACCAUAAGCAGGAUGCAGUAUCUCAAAUACACUCUCAGCAUGCGCUGGUACAAGAUACGUCAGUCAGUUCUGGAUACGUUUCACGACUACAGUUUGUGGCACAAAGAGAUCAAGGAAAUAGAAGGCACAUUUGGUACCGGAGUUGGCUCAUACUUCAAGUUUCUGCGCUAUCUCUUCCUUCUCAACCUUACAAUUGUAAUCAUUGUGUGUGGAUUUCUGCUGACACCCCAGCUGCUGGCUCGACUGCAUGAUGACACCUCCAUGCCUCACACCACCACUGAUGUGCCAGUCACAACUGGUGCAACUCCUCUGGGUUUCUCAUUUAAGAAUGUUUCUGGAAAACCUGGUACAGUUAGAGUUGUAAGUAAUUCUCCUGCCACUACAAGCGUUGCUGGAACACGGAGACCCACCAGUCUGAGCACCACCACAAAGAAAGUGAUUCCGUCCAUCGAGAACGAUGACACCACCAAAGUGUUUGGUCCUUUAGAUUGGCUAACUGGUGCUGGCUGGUUUGAAUCGACAGAAUUGUACUACGGGACAUACCGCUCGGACAGCUUUUCCCUCAUGAAGGAUGUGCAUUAUAAUAUUUCCAGAGCUUACUUCUUUGUUAUUUUCCUAGCCUAUGUGAUCUACCUGAUUGUCAUUCUUCAUAGGGUGAUUGUCCUGUACAAGAAUAAUUACAUUGAUGUGGAACAUGACAUGUCGGCCUCUUUUGUGAAGAAAGUGUUUUCUUCGUGGGACUUUAGUAUCACGGAAAAGAAAGCAGCCACUAUCAAGCACAGGAGUAUUUAUAAUGAGCUGAAGGAGCUGUUGCAAGAGUUCCUAAGUGAAGAGCAGGAAGAAGGAUGGUUGAGGCAGCUGGCAGGCUGGUGCAUUAAACUGCUAUUUUGGGCAAUUGUCCUGGUGUCCCUGGGCCUCCUGGGCUGGGCCAUGUAUGCCAUGCUCAAAAGUGGCAUUGACAAAGAUAUUAUUACUAAGACCGAUAGUAGUGGAUUUGGGCCCCUAGUUUAUCCUCUGAUCGUCACUUGUAUUAUCAUCAUUGUACCCUGGGUAUUUGGCAUCAUAGUCAAGGUGGAAGGCUACAGGAUUCCUCGUCACAGGCUAUAUGUCACUCUCAUAAGAACUAUACUACUAGAAUUGACAGUUCUGGGAGUAUUGGUGGGGUUCUGGUACAUGCACGCAGUAGACCCCAACUCCACGACUCACACUGAUGACAGUAAUACUAAUAAAGGCAUUGGUGACUUCAAAAUAUUGUCUGAAAGUCUGCAGGAAGCUGACUAUUGUUGGGAGACGUCCUUAGGAGAGGAGUUUUACCGCUUGUUAAUCAUUGAUUUCUUCGUUGUUGUCAUCAUGCAGUUAGCUACUCUUAUCUUCUUUGUGGCAACUCAGAAACAAAUAACGAAGGGAAAGAUCCAUCAUUAUCUACUGGAGUUUGAUAUCAGUCGCAACACACUCCACCUUAUUUACAACCAAACGUUGUUGUGGGCUGGGCUCUUCUUCUGUCCGCUGACACCCGUCAUUGUCCUCCUGAAGAUCACCAUUAUGUUCUAUAUACAAAAAUUCAGUGUUUUGAAGUUUUUGCAGCCUGAUGAACGUCCAUGGCGGGCAGCACAAACUGAAACAGUCUUCUUUGCUUUGACGCUGGUCUCUCUUAUCCUCUCUUUUUUGGGAUAUGGAUUUAUAAUUUUCAGAGGAAAUGCAUCCUCAUCAUGUGGUCCUUUUCAAGGCUGUCAUCACUAUAUAGACUGUUUGUGGAAUGCAGCUAACAACAAUGAAAAAAAAGUCCUGAAUAUAUUCUCUUGGAUCCUGAAGCCUGGAGUUGUAGCAGGAAUUCUUGGUAUUCUUUUUAUCCUUGUGUACUGUGCCAAGUCCAUAGCUGAGGGACGAGCCGAGAUGAUCAAAGUAUUACGGCGACAGUUGGAGUUAGAAGUCCGCGACAAAGCUUUUCUGCUGCAACUUACUGAUAAAGUUCGUCGAGGAGAAUAUAGGCCAGCAAGUCCAGCGCACAUCCGAGCUGCUUCACCACCACGAUCAUCUCCUGCAGCACCUCAGGAUCUCACACAACGUUCAUCAUUUGUGUUUACAGACAACAAAGUUCAUCCAGUACAUGUGGAGCCAGAGCCAAGACACUUCUCAGAUUAUACAGAUGCACACAGCUCGGAUCGCUAUUCACCAUAAGUCAGAAGUGUUGGUGAAAAGAGGAAUCACACGUGUAGUUUAAUGUAUUGACUGUUGCUUGGAACAAAUAUAUCACUUUUGAAGAUGUGUAGACUACUUAACAGCAUGCCUGCAUAUGUGCUGGAAUCAGAAUUGCUUGGGACAUUAAGACCUCCAGAAAAAUAGUAAAGUACUGAUGUUAUGGCAAGGUACUGACUGCAGGAUUCUUUAUUCUAGGCUGUUUCACCACAAGUUGGUUUUAUUUCUUUGUUUUAAUAUGAUGUGGGUUAUGGGUGUGAAUGAAGCAAGCAUUCCACUGUUUUGUUCAAUUAUGUUAAGUUUAAUGAACAAUGAUUCAAGGCAUCCGCAUUUUAUCAUGUCAAUUACAUAAACUAAUGUACCUUUAUCCCACUCCCUUAAGAAGAGUGCCUUGAUGUGGCUGAGGGGCUCUUGAUCCAAGGACCUGAACUUUACCUUUUUUGGAUCAAACCUAAAUAGCUCUGAGGUGCUGUAUGACUACAAGUUUAGUGCCUCCCAUGCUUAAUAUGAAAUGCUCUAUCCCACACCACGAGAUGGGAAGGGAAUGGUGCAGGAUGCUGGCAUUAAGUUGUCAGCCCUGCAGUCAUUUUUAUGUUCUUGUAAUUGUAUUGGGAGAUUUCAGUCAAUUUUCCAAAUGUAGACCUGAACACACCCUCCACACAGCAUACAAUAAACUGGCAUCCUUUGGUUUCACAUUAGUUGUGGGAGUCCUCACGAAGUCCCUGAUGUCUUAGCAAUGAUUUUUGCCACAUCUGUGUUGAAUUUUUAUAGGAUCUAGGAAACUAUAUUGGCAGUGGUCCCAGUGGGCAUGAUGUACCUGUUUCAUCCUGGGUAGCAACCCUGUUGUGUAUUGUCAGUCUUCCACUUACAGUAGAACAAGACUGCAUUCAGACUACUAUUCUGUUUGAAGUGUCUUUGCCAAGUAAUAUUCUAGUGUAAGUGGAAUAUUGACAAUACACAACAGGGCUGCUACCCAGUUGACAAUCCAAGUACUGGCCCACUGGGACCACUGCUAACACAGUGUCCUCUACCGUACAAAACUCCAACAUAGACAUGGUAAAAGUCAUCACCAAAACCAUCAGGGACUUCACCAGUAAUCCCACAACCACUGUGGAACCAAAAGAUGCCCGAGUUUGCAAUGGAGGGUGAGAACAUGUCUACACUAGGGAAACCUGACUCGAGUCUCCCAGUAUGAUUGCAGGUACAAAAAUGACUGCAGGUCCAACAACCUAACUAGUAGUCACUUGCAUCUGGCACAUUAUAUCAAUUUCCAUCUCGUGAUGUGGGAUAAAGCAACACUUCUAUUAAAAAAAAUUUUUUUAACCAGCAGUCUCCCACUGAGGUAGGGUGACCCCAACAAAGAGGAAAACAUUUAUCGCCAUUCACCGAAUCACUAUCUGGCCAGCAUCAUUCCUAGAUAAAAUGAGGAUGCCUUUAAUCAUUGUCCAUUCAGCUAACAAGUGAAAACUGAAAUGUUUAUCUCAUCUACUCAUAACCAAUGUCGUAUUAGAAAAAAACACCUAGUAUGAGCCAGUAGGCCUGCUACAGUGUUUCCCUACUCAAUACCUAAUGCCUAUGACCACACACACUCAGCACCUGAUUUUCUGGAUGCAUCAUGAAAGUUGUGGUGAGUACAUGUUUUAUGUACUUAAAAGUCAAUUUGUGGUGAAACACUGGACAAAGAAGAUUCCUCUGUAAUCAGUGUCAUAUGCAAUAUGAAGACUUCACCUCUGGUUACACUUAUACUAUAUAACAGCUCAAAGUAUGGUCCCAAAUCAGAACUGUUUAGAGCAUGAAGACAUCUUCAGAGAUAGGAACACUACCUAACUGCUCAGGUAUGUACUUGGAACAUGAAAUAAUUUUUUGAAAUACUUAUCCUGUAUUAUGUAUCAGCUCAAGUAUGGGAUUAACUCAGGACUCGUCAGAAAGGUUUCUGAAGAUUAUCUGUUGGCACAUUAUAUUACAUGUACUGUAGUUUUCAGGGAUUAGAGUAAAUUUUAAGAGAAAUAUUCUUUAAAGAGUAAACAUUGUACAGACUUUAGUAAACAUUGCUAAAGUUUCCUUUACACUUUUUAUUCAUUAAUGGUUAUUAAAAAGACACUGCAGAUACCUUUAUUAUGACUUCAUCCAGGACUGGACUUAUUUAUAUAUACAAUUGUAUGUACACACACACACACUUUCUCUCUGCUUUGUGGUGAACGAGCACCCUAAGGCACAGAAGAAGGCAAAAGUGAGAUUACAAGCAAGGUCAUGGAGAGAGGUCUCUAUAUGAAUAUUUAGGUGCCAGUCUGCAAGAGGUGGGAGGCACACAAAUUUACAUCCAUAGAGAAUGUUUCCAUAAUAUAAACUGGUUACAGUGUAAGUGAUUGGAUCUGGCAGUGUGUGCAUUUCCUUGUUUAGUUCAGUGAUGUCAGUUGAAUUAAUUGCUACUUCCAGAAUCCUGCAUUUGAUUGUGUCCUGAUACAGUUGUAGUUCUUUUCCAGAGUUCAUCAUGAUGCUCUGAAUGAUGCACACAUUUUUGAUAUCCAUCUUUUAAGUGUACUUGUGUUUCUACAGGUAAGUCUGAAGGUAAUGUCCUACCUCACUGAUGUUUCAUUGAUGUAAAGUUUUCAUUGGUGAGAUGGGGCAUGACCUCCAGACUUGUCUGCAAGAACACAUGUAUGUUUGUUGUGGGACAAAUGAUAUUAAAAAUGUGUGUGCAUCCUUCACUGUAAUCUAAAAUCUCAUAUCACGGAGUAUGGGGUAACACUGCAAUUUUAUCAGGACAAAAUUAAACACGGGAUUCUAGAAGCAACCACUACUAAUUUACCUGACACAAAUGAGGGAAUUUACAAAACUGGGGCUACCAGUGCUUAUAUUGUACAUACAGUAGUUAUAAUAAAAGUUUACUAGGGACCUUCCCUAACUCUUUCCCUCCCACACAUCACCUAAAUAUGCAGAAUGUUCAACCCCAUGACAUCACUAACCUCAUUUUUAAUCUUUCUUGAACCUGAACUCAGGGUGCUAACAUUCGUUUCAUAAAGAAGUGUAUGUAUUUGAGUUUUCCGUGUACAUACUUAAAAGUACAGCCCUGGAUGAAACUUUGCAAUAAAGGUUUCUAACUAUUUGUUGGCUUACACCUUAGUUUGUUCACUAAUGGUUCAGGGAUUAUAAUCUUUUGCUUAAGUAACUUAUCCAAACUGUGACAAACUAGGACAGACUUUGUACACUAUGUCAGGCUAUAAUUAACUAGGCCAGGCUGUGAUAAACUGUCAGGCUAGGUGAUUAAGGCCAACCUGUGUAAACUAGGCCAGUCUGUGUAUACUUGUGCAGCCAGUGGAAGUAACUUAAGAUUUUCCAAUUAAAAAUAUUUUUAAAUAUAAGAAUUAAAUAAAUGAUAAUACAAUUUUUAAUUACAUUGAGAGGCAUGGUUAAUUCCAGAGCCACCAUAAAUUUAAUUAAAAUUACUAGUUUACCUAAUUGCCACUGUCUGAAUUACACAGUAUUGUUUUGGAAAUGAAUAUACGUAUGUGAUAAAUUGCCUUUUUAAGUGCCUAGCAAAGCACCUUAAAUAUUUUUUAAAUUUAUACAAUACAAUGAUUCAUUUCAGUAAUACAAUAUAGUAUGUGAAUGUCAAUAGAGUUAACACACGAGGCAUUGCAGAUAGCAAGAGUGAACUCUAAAUUGAACUUUGUUACAUAAACCCUGCAAAUUCUGUUCAUGUAUAGCAAAACAAAUUAGUUUUUUCCAUUUUUUUUAAUAAUUUAAAUGUUUUAUGGUAUUUAGUACUCAAUGUUAGGGUUUAUCCUCAUUGACAUGCCUCAUAUAGUAUAUUUAAUAAAAAUUCAUGAAAAGUAUGAAUUUCAUAAAUUAUAUUUUUUUUUGUACUGUACUAAUAUUUUAUAUAUAUUAUACUAAUAUUUUAUCAAGUCCCAGUGCCAAGUUUUGAGCAGAAAUUGUAUGCUCAUCAUUCACAACCAAGUGGAAAACACCAAUGGGAAGAGUGCUCGAAAGAAAAGACACAGGAACAGAGUAAGCCUUUAUUGUGAUAAUGUUUCACAAUGUAGAGCUUUAUCAAGUCAGUAAUUUGAUAAGGCUCAACUAAAAAAAACUCAAUAAAGGCCUCUUCUGCACAUCUCUCUCUCUUCUCCGUCACCAUCAGUAGUCCACUGCUGUAUCCAGUGGGAAACCACUUGAAUAGAAGAAAAAAAAAAAUUUGUACAUUUUGACCUCAAAUAAUACUCUCAUUAGUAUUAUUGUGAUGGCGAUUAAAUUGUGUGCGUGUGUAUGCACAAGCUAAGUAUAUGGAGUACAUGGUUGAACAAAAUAUUUAGGAGAAACUCUCACUUAGAUCAGUAUUCAGAGACUAGUUCUUCAUGUUAUACUUGCAGUUCAGAAGGGUCAUUUAGGGUCACAAAUCACCUGUACUAUAAUAAUUAUUAUAAUCAAAACUAAGUGCUAAACCCACAAGGGUCAUACAGCACUGGACCUUUACACUAAAAUUCAACAAUAUUGUACUUCACUAAAAUAGAUAUUUAAAUAAGACGAGUAUAUACAAAUUACACAUACACUAUAUGCACAUCAGUGUGUACACGGUACAUAUACAAUACACCUCCAUGUACUGCAUUUACACCGUAGACAAAAGUAUCUCGGAUAUACAACCAGUUUAUACAAAGUAUACCAAGAUUCACACCUGUGUAUAUAAUCUGAUGGAGCCUUUUUCUACGCCUGAAAAGGUUUGAAUGUUAUUGACGAGUGCUUUUACAUAAGUAUUAUGUUAUAUUCUUAGACAUUCUUUAAAACCCAUAAUUUCAAGGAAGUAAUUUCAUUCAGUUACUAAUAAGUAAAUGACCUUGGGAAAUUUAAUAUGCUUAAACUACAUUUUGAUUUCUGUCCCAACAGUUUACGGAGAUAACAAUACAGUGGACCCCCGGUUAACGAUAUUUUUUCACUCCAGAAGUAUGUUCAGGUGCCAGUACUGACCGAAUUUGUUCCCAUAAGGAAUAUUGUGAAGUAGAUUAGUCUAUUUCAGACCCCCAAACAUACACGUACAAACGCACUUACAUAAAUACACUUACAUAAUUGGUCGCAUUCGGAGGUGAUCGUUAUGCGGGGGUCCACUGUAUUAAGAAGCAAUAACAUGAAUGUUAGUAGUAUUACCCCAGUAUUGAAUUUUAUAGUAUUAAAUUUUAUAUUACAGUAUUAGCACAGUUGAAUUUCAUAGUAUUAAGUGAACUUUAUAUAUAGUAUUAUUACUUUGUAAUUGCAUUUUAUACUAGUAUUAAUUGAAUUUUAUAAGAGUAUUAAGUAAAUUUUACAAGUUAUAACAGUAUUAUAUGAAUUUUAUAUUAAUAUUGAAUUUUAUAAUAGAGUAUCAUUAAUUGAGUUUUAUAUAUGUAUUUAAACAUACGCGAGACAAGUGUGUAUAUACAGUAGGACCCCAACUUGUUGAAAAAAAAAAUACAGACACAAAGAUACAUUUUUACAUAUAUAUUAGAGAUGGUACAUUAAUUAUACCAUACAGACCAAAAAAUUCACGUGUAAAGAAUAUUGUAAAAGUCAUGAUUUACUAUAUUAAUGUAUAAGAAUAUACAACAUAUUUAUAAUUUCAAAAUGUUAUAUGGUGCACUUUUCCCUCAGUUUGCAAGGUGCAUGAAUGCAUUAUUUCUCAUCUAAAGCAUAACCUCAUGGGAGGUGCCUUAAUGCCAGUGAAGGGCUCUUGAUUAAGGGAACUGGAGUUGCUACUUCCCUUCUUUGGAUCCAUAUGAUUGCCUCUCAAGCACUUCAUGGCAGCUACAGGUUUAAGGCUUCUUAAUAAGAAUGUAACAGUCUAAACAUAACACAAAUAAACAUGAAAAUUCUCCA